CCAUUCUACUGGCAGCAGCGGAGAAUAAAUACCAAAGACCUGAUCUCAGAACAUACAGAUAGCAUGCCCAAAAUCCUGACAAGUUCUACAAGCUAGAACCAACUAGCUUUGUGCGAGGCAGGCAGACCCGGCGACGACGUAGCUCAGAAAAGCGUCUUUUCAAGCACACACAGAAUGCGAGCGGGGACACAUGGACGGGCUGUGUGUGUCUCUCGCACACACAGAGCGGCAACUCCUUCUGCUGGGCACAUGGCCAUUAGUCGUGUUCCUUCCAUGGAGAAAGCGGGAUGUAACAUAGCUGCUCAAGCCCUCCUUCCCCACAGUCGGCGGAGCCCUUCUGGAAGCCACCAGGUGGUGUCUGUGCAGUUGUCAACCAGCUUCCUCCAGAGGCAGAUGAAGCCCAAGCCUCCACCUGCUACCUCAGGGCAGGAAGCACUGCAGACACCCAGUCCAUGCAGCGCUGGCCGGGCUGCUCCGGGGAAAGGCUCUCAGAGGUGCAAGCCACAAUGCUGAAGUGCAUCGGGCUGGGGACACCUUCUGAAUUUACUAACACAUCCAAGCGAGCAAGAAGACUCACUGAAGAGGGUCCAACAAUAUUCACCACUUCCUUAGCUGAAGUAAAGAGUGAUUAUGAUUCACCAUCUUCCAAACUAUAAGCAAGUCUGGGAUCAAAGAAAAAUGCAUAUACCUGAAGCCAUCAUUGCUAUGAAAAGGUUCUUGCAUUAUAGAACAUAUGAAUUCUCUCUUGCUUAUUACACCAAGAAUUAACAUAGCUUCCCUAAGGUACCGCAGAAAUUUUGCAAGGAUUUAUCUGGACUGAUUCUGCCUCUCCAGAUUUCAAACAUGACCUCUACAGAUAUUUUUGGAUCAAGCAACAAUUUAAGCACUUUGGCACUGAAACCCAAAGUGAUCUACCUAGCAGAAAACCACACCAUGGAAAUGCCACACCUCUUGUCCACAUCUCCUGUACUGUGCAACAAUACGUACCUUGAACUGAAUGGGUCAUACCUAUGUAACGAAAGCAAAACCCUCAGCCUUACUGAUAAAUCAGAGCACCAGCAGUACAUUAUAGGGCUUUUCUUGUCAUGCCUUUACACAAUAUUCCUUUUUCCUAUUGGCUUUGUAGGAAACAUCCUCAUCUUAGUGGUGAACAUCAGUUUUCGUGAGAAGAUGACUAUUCCAGACCUCUAUUUCAUAAACCUUGCAGUAGCAGACCUCAUUCUCGUUGCCGACUCGCUCAUUGAAGUCUUUAAUCUUGAUGAAAAGUAUUACGAUAUCACAAUAAUCUGCACGUUCAUGUCCUUGUUCCUUCAAAUCAACAUGUACAGCAGCAUAUUUUUCCUAACGUGGAUGAGUUUUGACAGGUACAUGGCUCUGGCAAAAGUAAUGCGGUCCAACUUGUUCCGUACCAUGGAGCACGCCAGAUUAAGCUGUGGCCUCAUAUGGUUGGCAUCCAUCUCGGCAGCCCUAGUGCCCUUUACAGCUGUACAUUUGCAGCACACGGGAGAAGUUUACUUUUGCUUCGCAGAUGUAGAAGAAAUCCAGUGGUUGGAAAUAACCUUGGGGUUUAUCAUUCCUUUUGCUAUCAUAGGCCUUUGCUACUCAUUAAUUGUUCGAGUCCUGGUCAGAGCCCACAAGCACAGGAGUUUACGCCUACGCAGGCAGAAAGCUCUUCGCAUGAUUGUCGUCGUCGUCCUCGUCUUCUUCAUCUGCUGGCUGCCUGAAAAUGUGUUUAUAAGUGUACAACUUCUCCAAAAGACAGAGCAAGCCUCAUCCAGAAGCCAGUCUUUCAGGCACAACUACCCUUUAACAGGACAUAUUGUGAACCUCGCAGCAUUCUCCAACAGCUGUUUGAACCCCCUUAUCUACAGCUUCCUGGGUGAAACUUUCAGAGACAAACUAAAAUUGUAUAUCGAACAGAAAACUAAAGUGUCUGUUUUAAACCGGUUUUGCCAUGCUACCCUGAAAUCAGUCAUUCCUGAUAGCAAUGAGCAAUCAGAAGUUUAAUUUAGCUUGUAUCAAAAAUACCAUAGUAGAAGCUGAUCGCAAUUCUUCUUACUAACAGAAAUAUUCGCUGCCCUAUGCACAAAGAUUUGUACUCUGUUUUUAUGACAUUAUGUAAGAGAGCACAUACUAUUAAGAUCUACAUUUAAUUAUGUAUAGGAACUAAUAAAAGUCUGAUGGAG